UGUAAGGGCAUAUAAAAUCGGUCAGAUUCCUUCUGGUGUUACAAAACUUUCAAAUGUAUGCUUUGUAUUGUAAUACAAACGUGGGUGUUGGAUUCUGUUACUAACAUUUCACUCGCUGGAAUGCAUUUCUUUUUAUGCAAACACUUCUGGAACGGCGGGGUCAGCUCACACCCUAUUUCAUUAUCGGUGCGCAUCGGGACUACGCAGACCGAAGGGACGACUCACGGGUCUUGUUUUUCCGUCGAUGAUCUUAGCAGCAAGAGCAGGCGAAGCUUCUCACGUUUCUCCAAGGCGAUCUAUCUGUGUCAGACCAGCGGGACGCUACUAUUUAAGACCCCCCCCCCACCCCAAGCUUAAGUUCAGAUAAACCUUUCAGCUCUACUGCGUCAAGAUCUGUUAGGAAAAGUGGACCCCCAGACGUGCUGAUUGGCUGCUUCGGCAAUGACCUGCAGCAGUAGCACCUUUGCUCGACACCUGCUGGAGGACAUCCAUCUCAUAGACGGUGCCUCUGCCCCUCAGCCAAGUCGCGCGACCGGUGGAACCCCCCGGUGCUGCGGCGUGGGAAGCCGGCUCUCUCAGGCUAGCUGGAGGGCCUCAGGGCAGGGACAGUGGUGAUGGGGGCCAUGGCCUUUUCUGGGACAGGAUAUCUGCCCAAGCGUGACCCGCUAACCUCCUGCGAUGGUGACAUGAAGGAGGCACGCUGUGAAGCGACAUACUUUUAAGCUCGUCUUGCGUUUCUUCGUUGUGGUCCCCUAUGUAUGAAAGUGAUUGCUCUUUACGGUCUCGCGUGCCGUGAAUCUGCGCCGGGCCAGACGAUGCUGAUCUGCGGGCCCGUGCGGCGGAUCCUCCGCCAGCUCAGCCUGCAGACCAGCCUGCUCUUGCUCUUCGUCUUCUGCGCGGCCAGCGUCUUCAUCUCGGCCUACUUCCUGUACGGCGGCAAGCGCGACCUGGAGCCGGUGGAGAACCUGCGUUCGGAGAGCCCGUCCGACUGCGAUGGCUCCAGGGUUAACCCCUCGCGGCGGCCCCUCCUGAGGACCGUCGUCCCCUCCACCGCGUCCCGCACGGAUCCCGUCGUGCUGGUGUUUGUGGAAAGCCUUUACUCCCAGCUGGGCCAGGAGAUCGUGGCCAUCCUGGAGUCCAGUCGCUUUAAAUACCGUAUGGAGAUCUCCCCCGGCAAGGGCGACAUGCCCACCCUCACAGAUAAGGACCGUGGCCGCUUCAAGCUGGUCGUCUAUGAGAACAUCCUCAAGUACGUCAACUUGGACGCCUGGAACCGCGAGCUCCUGGACAAGUACUGCGUGGAGUAUGGAGUGGGCAUCAUCGGGUUCUUCAAGGCCAAUGAGAACAGCCUGCUGAGUGCCCAGCUGAAGGGCUUUCCUCUCUUCCUGCACUCGAACCUGGGCCUGAGCGACUGCAGCGUCAACCCCAAGUCACCCCUGCUCUACAUCACCAAGGCCAGGGCCGCUGAGCGCGGACAAUUGCCGGGCGACGACUGGACCGUCUUCCAGUCCAACCACUCUACCUACGAGCCAGUGCUGGUGGCCCGGGCCAAGUCACCGGAGUCCCCCCCGGGGGUGGGUGCGAACCCCACCCUGCACGCCACCGUGGUGCAGGACCUGGGCCUCCAUGACGGCAUCCAGCGCGUCCUCUUCGGCAAUAGUCUCAACUUCUGGCUGCACAAGCUGGUCUUCGUGGAUGCCGUGUCCUUCCUGACGGGGAAGAGUCUGUCGCUGUCUCUCGACCGCUACCUGCUGGUGGAUAUCGACGACAUCUUCGUGGGCAAGGAGGGCACGCGCAUGAAGGUGUCCGACGUUGAGGCCCUACUUCAGACCCAAAAUGACCUCCGGGAUCACGUGCCUAAUUUCACCUUCAAUCUGGGCUACUCAGGGAAGUUCUUCCAUGCCGGCACCCAGGAGGAGGACCUGGGGGACGACCUGCUGCUGUCCUACGCCGGCCAGUUCUGGUGGUUCCCGCACAUGUGGAGCCACAUGCAGCCACACCUCUUUCACAACCAGACCGUGCUGGCUGAGCAGAUGCUACUCAAUAAGAGGUUUGCCACAGAGCACGGCAUCCCCACCAACAUGGGCUACGCUGUGGCCCCCCACCACUCGGGGGUGUACCCUGUUCACGUGCAGCUGUAUGACGCGUGGAAGAAGGUGUGGGGUAUCCGGGUGACCAGCACGGAGGAGUACCCCCACCUCAAGCCUGCACGCUUCCGCCGCGGUUUCAUCCACAGAGGCAUCAGCGUGCUACCCAGGCAGACAUGUGGCCUCUUCACCCACACCAUUUUCCACAACGAGUAUCCGGGGGGGCCAAAGGAGCUGGACCGGCUGAUUAAUGGUGGCGAGCUUUUCCUCACCAUCCUGCUCAACCCCAUCAGCGUCUUUAUGACCCACCUGUCGAAUUACGGGAACGACCGGCUGGGCCUGUACACCUUCAAGAACCUGGUGAAGUUCAUCCAGACCUGGAGCAACCUGAAGCUGCAGACUCUACCACCUGUGCCGCUGGCACAGAGGUACUUCCAGAUCUUUCCGCAGGAGAGAGACCCCAUCUGGCAGGAUCCCUGUGAGGACAAAAGGCACAAAGACAUCUGGUCCAAAGAGAAGACGUGUGACCGAUUCCCAAAGCUGCUCAUCAUCGGACCCCAGAAAACAGGCACCACUGCUCUGUACCUCUUUCUGGCUAUGCACCCUGACAUGACCAGCAACUACCCCAGCAAGGAGACCUUUGAGGAGAUCCAGUUCUUCAAUGGCCACAACUACCAUAAAGGAAUCGACUGGUACAUGGAACACUUUCCGCUGCCUUCUAACACCAGCUCCGACUUCUACUUUGAGAAGAGCGCAAACUACUUUGACUCGGAGGUGACGCCGAGGCGGGCGGCGGCCCUGCUACCCAAGGCCAAAAUCAUCACCAUCCUCAUCAGCCCAGCAGACCGGGCCUAUUCCUGGUACCAGCACCAACGGGCGCACGGCGAUCCAGCAGCCUUGAAGUACACCUUCCACGAAGUCAUCACGGCAGCUCGCCAUGCCCCACUCAAACUGCGCAUCCUGCAGAACCGCUGCUUGGUUCCCGGCUGGUACGCCACGCAUCUGGAGCGCUGGUCCAACCACUACCAUCCCAGUCAGAUCAUGGUUCUUGAUGGCCAAAGGCUGAGAAGUGAGCCUGCAUCCAUGAUGGAUAAAAUCCAGAAGUUUCUCGGUCUGGCGAACACUGUAAAUUACCACAAGAUUCUGACAUUUGAUCCCAAGAAGGGAUUCUGGUGUCAGCUGCUAGAUGGAGGCAAGACUAAGUGCUUGGGAAAAAGUAAAGGCAGGAAGUAUCCAGACAUGGACUCCGAUUCGCGGUCCUUCCUGACGGAAUACUACAGGGAGCACAACAUCGAGCUUUCUAAGCUGCUCUACAGGACGGGUCAGGCUCUGCCCAGCUGGCUCCGCGAGGAGCUGGUCAACGGCAGGUAGCGGGGCGGCUCCCGAUGGCCGGAAGAGAGGGCGGCUCGGCGGAGAGCAGCAGGAGGCCGGGGAUGCGAUCUCCCUUGGAGCCCGGAGCCAACGCGCCGUGGCACGCGGACGAGGAGGCGGGGAGACGCUGUCAUGGGGCCCACGCGAGGCUGCCGGUGACUCUGGGUUUGCUGUGGCUCCGGGAGGGAGAACCCGGGAGGGAGAACCCGGAAGGGGAGAGACGCAUGGUCCACUGGGAUUCUGGAUGGGGCUUUGGAAAGAAUGCCAAAUCCCCCCCCCCCACCCCCCCCACCCCAAAACAAAACAAGGACCCACAGUGGCAUGGGCAGGUAGCACAGAGUGGGCUGUACAGUGAGCUGGAUUACAUACAUGAUAUUUAUAUUUCUUAACAGUGACAACAAUAUUCCUUCCACUCAUUUCCACCAGGCAGAGAGGCAAACAUGCACAUGCAUAUAGAUCAGCCCAAGGCCACUCCAGCCCCUAACUAUAUAAGCAGUAACACACUUACAAGUACCAGGUGGAGGAGCUCAUUCCAGUUUUCUGUAAAUGACUGUGACUCUGUUACUAUCAAAGUUGUUUCAUUUUAUUUGUGGAUUGCAACUACUUAAUGAAUAAUAUUCAUGUACCUUUAUGUAAAAAAAAAAUGUAUAUAUGCUGGGUUUGUUUUUACCCGUACUUGUGCAGAGUUUUACUUACACACAAAUGUGCUGAGGUGAAUGAAAACCGAUUAGUUCAGAGAGGUAACCAAUCAGAUUAUAGUGGAGGCAGAACCAAGCAACUAGAUAAGGCGGGACCGAGACAUCUGAUUAGUUAGUCCCGCCUCCUCUACAAUCUGAUUGGCUAUCUCUCUGAACCAAUCAGUUUUCGUUCUGCCCUCAGAAUUUUCAUGCAAGUAAAACUCCCAUGAGCAUUCAGAUACUGAAGCAGAAUCUGGUAUAGCUGUAAUGGCUCCUUUGAUCUGGACUUGACGGACUAUUAAAUACAGAGAGAGGAGUUCAUAGUAAAUGGCAGUGCUAUAGAGAAACAGCUUAGAUGGUGAUGGGAAACCCCACACACCGCAUUUUGCGGUGACCUUGGAUGCGCAUUUUAAAACCUGAAGUUGCCUUAACUUCUCUGCACUGUCAGUAAUUCAGGCCCAGUGGUCACAGCCAUAGUGUAAGAUGUGGGAUCUCAGUCUACUGAAACUCACCAUGAGACGACUGCACAAAGCUCAUCUGGGAAACCACGUUGUCACUGUCAUGGGGCCCACAUGGCGGAUAUAGGGGGAAUCCGAUCGCUCCUCGCCAAUUUGGGGACAUUCUCCUGGAUUUUGGAGCUUUGCAUUUUCAGAAUGUGGUGGUGCCCUGGAUCUUCUGUGUAGCUGAGCACCUGGGCAUUUAUUUACCUACAUUUCGUUCAGCAUCACUCCGUUAAGUGAUCUGACUCAGCCCGGCCGGCUGCCCUAUCCAGCUGCCCUGAUUGGGAGCAGUUGGGGAGAGCUUUAACGUUUUUCUCCGCGGAAGGAUGAAAAUAACCCACGUUUAAUGGCCGACAAACAGCAUCGCAUCCAUUCUUAACAUGAUUAAGUUCUAAUUGUCCUCUAAUGGAUUUGCUUGCACAGUAAACAGGCACUUUUAUUUAGCUAUUUAGUUUACAAGGCCUAUAGUUCAAAAGUGGUACCACUACAUUGUUGCGAAAAAUCAGAGAUGAUUAAACAGUGGAAUAUAGAUGAUCUAUGCAAAAGGGAAAUAUGCUUUACGUAAUCAGUAUCAUUUAAAUAAAUGAAAAGAUAUUAGAUGGUCUAAUAGAAUAGAUGGUCUGUCGUCCAAUGGACUAAUAAAUCAGAUGCAUUGUUAGUCACAGAGCAGGGGAUUGUGGGAUUCUUCCUUAAAACUGUGUGAAUGAUGAGGUGACCCAGCCCAGAGUGAUUUAGGCCCGAGACAUAAAGAAUGUAGCGAGUAUUGAUGAUUGUAAAUCUUUGUUCUACCUUCAAAUUGUCUUUACUCCCUGACAUUUUGUUUACCGAAAAAGUAAAAUGAAACUGCUUGCUUCUCUUCAUGAAGUUUAUUCCUCGUCUGAAGCUUGAUGAAUGUAAUCAAAUCUUGUCUUUUUUUUUUAGAAGCCUUUAGUCAAUGAGGAAUGAAUUGUUCCUCCUGAGAUCCUAUAAAGCAAAUCCCACAGGGGGUGGCAUGAAAGAACAGCAGGGAUGAUGGAGCACCAGCAUCUCCACGGGCUGCGAGACAUAAGGAGAAAUUGUGGUUUUUAUACAUUCAGAAAAUAGACAUAAUAGCACAUGUCAAGCCUGUCAGACAUUAUUAACUAUUAUAAUUAACAAUGCAUAUAAUUAACAAUGCACUAGUCCACACAAAACACUACAAGAGAUAAACCUUCCUGCAUUUCCUCAAACAUAUGAAAGCAAUGCUCAAGCAAUUUCCUGUGUUGUCUUUCCACAACUGAGUGGAGAGUUUGGGUUUCUUGUCCAGGGACGGUAUGACGAUCAUGGCAACAGGCUUUUUUAUUUCAGACCAUUUCUCAGUUCUCAUGCCAAGCAUCACACCAUCACUUCUGUCACUGGUAGCAGACAUGUUCACUCGUAAGCUCUAAAAGCACAAACCCUGCUUGGUGACACCAGAGAUGCAUGUUUACAGAAAUGAGUGGGUGUGAGAUGUAAAUGAUCGGAAGAAAUUCCUAACAUAACCAGUGAGGUUUAAAAGUGGCCAUAACUGAACUUUUUUUUUUCACUUGGACUUUUGUAUUGUUAUAAUAAACAUAAAUUAGCCCCGUACUGUGAAAUAAAGUUAGGAAUUUAACUUCCAUAACAUCCUUUAUCCCGUUUUUAAGUUUUCAAAACUGAGAGCACAGUGGACUAUGACAAAAGCACAUGGCCAGAGAAACGACUAAAUUUAUACCACACCUGAAAAAAAAUGUAAUGAAAAUGACUCUUUUGGAAUUAAAUCUCAAAAUAUAACUGGCGUUUCUCUGUCCCGGCUGUACUCAAGGAGUCAGUGAGUUUCGCAGUGCCUGUACUGCAUUCACCCAGACUGCAGUCUGAUAAAGAACAGUAAUGAUAACACUAAGUCACUGGAAUAAUAAAUGAACUGUACAUACAUACUAUAAUUGUUGUUAAUAUUUCUAUUGUGUAGCUAAUAUUUUUGUGGACUUAAUUUACAAAUAAAAACCGCUGUCUAAGUUAA